AUGAUUAAAGAUGCUGGGAUGCGAGCGAAAAUCUACGUGAAGGACGGAAACGUCGCUGAUCGCCGAGAACACAUUGAACACUAUAUCGAGACACUGGAUGACCGCGAUUUCGCAAAGCAAUUGACCUUGCCGCGUUUGGACGACGUGGAAACGCUGGAGUUAACGCUGCACACGUACGAACGUAUGCAAAAGCGCAAAGGCAAUCUCCCGAUCAGUUCAGGCAAGUUUCUCUCACUAUCAGCGUCGCCAUGCUCUCCGAGUUCAUCCGAACCGGCUCGAGCUGUGCGUGCAAUCCACGUGGGGGCGAAAGCAGUUCGUCGGAAUCAGAUAUAA